GCUAAGCAUUUUUGCCAUUUUCUGUUGAUAACUCUUACAGUUGUUGCCAACUUUUCACACAAUCAAGAUUAUAAAAAAAAGGGGGACUCUCUUUGGCAGUAAAUGCUGGAGAGUAUUAAUUACAAAUGUUAAAAAGAGCGUAAAAUUUUCACAACUGUGCUUAUUUUAUUACCAAAAUAUGUCACUCUCUGAAUUAUUUAAGCAGCACCUUACUAAAGAUCCAAAGCAAGGUCAGUGACCUUUGGUGGGAAUAGUGAGGAAAUUAUGGGUGCCAAAGUUUUGUUCUUCUUUGCUUUCCUCUCCAUUUCAGCUGUGUCCGCAUUUGCAGAGAAUGAGAAAGACCCAGGCCUUGCUAUGGACUUCUACAAGGAUACAUGUCCUCCUGAAGACAUUAUUAGAGAGCAAGUUAAGCUUCUAUACAAACGCCACAAGAACACUGCAUUUUCUUGGCUGAGAAACAUUUUCCAUGAUUGUGCUGUUCAGUCAUGUGAUGCUUCACUGCUGCUGGACUCGACAAGAAGGAUCUUGUCUGAGAAGGAGACAGACAGGAGCUUUGGCCUUCGGAAUUUCAGGUAUAUUGAGACCAUCAAAGAAGCUGUAGAAAGGGAGUGCCCUGGAGUUGUUUCUUGCGCAGAUAUCCUUGUGUUGUCUGCUAGAGAUGGCAUUGUUUCGCUGGGAGGUCCAUACAUCCCUCUUAAAACAGGAAGAAGAGAUGGUAGAAGGAGCAGAGCAGAUGUAGUUGAGGAGUAUCUUCCGGACCACAAUGAGACCAUCUCUGUCGUUCUUGACAGGUUUGCUGCCAUGGGUAUUAACACCCCUGGAGUCGUUGCCCUCCUAGGAGCUCAUAGUGUAGGUAGAACGCACUGUGUCAAGCUGGUUCAUCGUCUGUACCCAGAGGUUGACCCUGCCCUCAACCCUGACCAUGUUCCACACAUGCUCCACAAAUGCCCUGAUCAAAUUCCGGACCCCAAGGCUGUGCAGUAUGUGAGAAACGACAGAGGGACACCCAUGGUACUGGAUAACAACUAUUAUAGAAACAUUCUGGACAACAAGGGCUUGUUAAUUGUGGAUCACCAACUGGCUUAUGACAAGAGGACUAAACCUUAUGUGAAGAAAAUGGCAAAGAGCCAAGACUAUUUCUUCAAGGAGUUUGCGAGAGCCAUUACCAUCCUUUCUGAGAACAAUCCCCUCACUGGUUCCAAGGGUGAGAUCAGGAAACAGUGCAAUGUUGCGAACAAGCUUCACUAAAUUGCUUUCCUACGAGCACACUAUCUCAUCUUAUCUCUUCCUUGUUUAUGUUAGGAAGAAGAGAGUUAGUGUGGAAGAAUAAAAUGGAUGUUCUAGUCCUAGACUACUAAGACUAGUUUGUUAAUGUGCAGUGAUCAGUAUAGUUGUACUGGUUUGAUAUGAUCAAUCUGGUGGCUUUGCUCAUUACAUGCCUUUUUUUUAGCAUAGCUUGGUUUCCAUUCUCUUGUUGCUCAAGUUGAUGUUGGUCAUGGGAACAGUGGAUGUUCGGAUGUAUGUAUGUAUAUAUGUACGUACAUAUGUAAGGAUGGUGUUGAUGGUGUAUGAUUCAUGGAUUUCAAUGGUUUGAUUUUUGAUGAUUCAUGCAUAGAGCCUUCUCUAUUACGAUGUCAUGGUGAUGGGUGCAUAUUAAUGAAAGACCCCCGUUCCCAACAAGAAGAAGAAAUGAAACAGACUCUGGCCCUCCAAAAAGACACCAGCUAAAAAAACAGAAGUAGUGGGAUAUUUAAACAAGUUGAAUCUUUGAUGAUAAAAGAAAGAUUUACAU